CUAACUUCGACCCUAACACGCUGACCUUUCUCUCUCCUCUCCUGGGAUUUUUUUUUAUUUCUAUCCUCUAUCUAAGAAUCACCGGCAUUGGUUCACCGUAUUCCUGGAAUACUUCCCCUUGGCUGCCUACCAACGCACUCGGUCCCUGGUUUCCCCUGACGCCGAGCGGUCCCACUCUAGAAAGCGGCAACGGUAGACUUUCGGUCUACUCGUGACUUCCUGACAUCUCUCUUCGACACGGUUGACGACCAUUGCACCGGCACGAAGAUUGGCUUUCUGUGAUUGAGGAAACGGAUAUACAACUAUUACCUGUCCCGUGACGGCUCCUCCGUCUCUCUUUCACCCUCCAUCCUCCACCCUCCCCUCCCCUCCCCUCCCCUCAACCGGUAUCCUCAUGUCCUCCGGGGGCUUGACUCGCCGACGAGGCGGCGGUCGAGCCGCUGGCGCAGACGAGCAAGAUGACAGCCGCGUAUCAUCGCCUGUCUCGAGGAACGGUUCUGCGAUGGACACGCGCGGUCCGGAGACCUCAUUCACCAGCGCGGAGAAUGGUCACAAGAUCGCAUUCGACCCCCGCGACCUUAGCGAAACCGAAGAACGAAGCAAGCAACCUAAGCUCACCCUUAUGGAGGAGGUGCUAUUGCUGGGACUGAAAGAUAAGCAGGGCUACUUGUCCUUCUGGAACGAGAAUAUCUCCUAUGCCCUGCGAGGGUGUAUCGUUAUCGAACUUGCGCUCCGCGGCCGGAUAAGCAUGCAGAAGGAUUCGUCGCGACGACGCUUUCCCCUGGCCGACCGCAUCAUCGAGGUCGUGGAUGAUACAUUGACCGGCGAAGUCUUGCUGGACGAGGCACUGAAGAUGAUGAAAUCGAGCGAGAAGAUGAGUGUGAACUCAUGGAUUGACUUGAUGAGUGGUGAGACCUGGAACUUGAUGAAAAUCGGAUACCAAUUGAAACAAGUACGCGAACGAUUGGCCAAGGGCCUUGUGGAUAAGGGCAUCCUGCGAACCGAGAAACGUAACUUCCUCCUUUUCGACAUGGCGACACACCCGGUGGCCGACGGCGGCGCCAAGGACGACCUUCACAAACGAGUGCGCAACAUUUGCACCAACCGCACAGUGAUCAUUCCUCCGAGCCCAUGGCUGCCCGAGGACGCCGAGUUUCGCUAUCUUCGCACGGUGACGAUGGUCUGUGCUGCAUAUGCAGCCAACGUACUGGAGAAUGCUCUGGUGACCAUGAGCCAUGAGGCUCGCGAGAGAGCGUUUGCGCAGGUAGAUGAGCUUCUGGCCGAAUACUCGCAAUGGCCAUUCGGUCGCCGGGCUGGUGGUUCGCAGGCGAUCGGAGCCAAUCUGGCCCAGGCGAUCAACGACGAGAUCAACCGCGGCAAUAAGGAUCGCGAGCUCCAAUUGGAGAUCGUUGCGGCGUGUCUGAGCGUUUUCACCAGACUUGAUUCCCUACUCUAAACUGAUAUACCGUGUCGCUUCUAAUGCAGUCUUCUUUUCCCUUCGUCUAUCCCCUCUAUAUCUCCCCACCUCGUUCCAUUCUCUACCGUCUCUCCAUGGGUUGCACCUUGUGUCCUGGCUUUCUCGUUUUUCAUGGGGAUUUUACUUCUCUUCUGUUCACUCAUGUAGUUUGUCAUCAUGUGGGUUGGAAUUGGGCAGAGCGUUUUUCCUUGUCAUAUUGAACUGUCUGAUCAAAAUUCAUUCUUGUAUGGAAUAUUUCUGGGCUUCCGAUCUAUCGUCCUGGUCACUAGUCCUUCUCUUCUUCAUCACUUACGUUCUCACUCAAUUUGCCUUCUUUGGUGGAGCUGUGUUCGUUGAUAACUCCAGACAUCGCAGGUCUCGAGGCUGAAGCUAACACGAUUUUCAAGAUCCCUAUUGGUACGGACUGAUCUAUGUCAUCCUUUCACCUUUUCUGAUCACUUGAUUGACCCUUCGACUUCGAACAUUCGCGGGUUUUGUUGCUUUUGGCUUGAUGCAGCUGAUCAUUUUUCCUGCACGCACAAAAAACCCUCAAAUGAGCCUUUUUUUUUUCUCUUUUUUUUUUUUGAAGAUUCUUUUCUCUGUUCUGAUCUUGUCUUCUAUCAUGGCCAUCUUUAAUUGACUUUUGGUAUUAUUGCCUGGUUAUUCUUUUUCUGCUUCAUCAGGGCUGUGGGGCGUCCAUCAUAUCGUGGCCGUACAAGAAUCUGAUGAAUCGAUUGCUAGCAUAUUGAGCUGAAGCAAAGCCUUGAAUAGUUCAAUUGACGCGAACCACCAUCAUCACUCCUCGGCGAGCAGCACCAGCCGCCACGGCAUGGUCCUUCAACAACCAGUCCGCAUGCAUGAGAUCUGUGACCUGCUCGGGCCUCCCUCGGACCAUAUUGCUCUCGACGAGCUCUACAAUGCCGGCCAGCGAGCUUGCAUCGGGAUUCACAGGCACAAACAUCGUCUUGAUUCCGCGCUUUCUUCGGCCGAGGGUAUCCAGACGGUCAGAAACCUCCGGGUGCUUCGCCGGCCAGGGAUCAACAGCCGUCAAAACUGCUCCUCCAUCUUGAACAACUGCAGGUGAAUGAGCCUGUUGGAAGACAGCCCCUCCAGCGCAAUCCAAGACCACAUCAACGGGUUCCCACCGCUGG